CGCUCUUCAAUUACUUAUUUAAUGUCUGUCAAACAGCAGCAGCUUGGUGCCUAACAGGGCUAAUAAAUCCCAGGGCUAUACAUUGUGAGAAGCCCCUUGCUAAAUCACGCAUGGUUCAUGGUUUUCUUGUGUUCUUUUUAUUGAGUUGAAGUAACAUACAUAUCGCAAUUCAUUUGCUACAACCUCGGCGCCUCCCCUUGAUACUGUCUUUUACAUCUCGGGAGCCCAGCAAUGUUCGUGCCAAAGGCAGCUGCGGCUUCUCUUCGUAAUCCUCGAAGGCGUCAGCGUACAAGCUCUGAUGAGUCCGUCAACCCCCCGAAAGCCAAAAGGCAACGAUCCGUUCUGCGCUACGGAGACCUCGAAAGACCUUCAGAUAAUGAAACGGAGCAUGAAAUUCCAAAUGGACCAAUGGACCCCCGAGGACUUGUUCAGCCCAAUGAAUUGAACGCUAUGCCGGCAGAAAAGACUAACUCCCAAAAAAGUCUCUCAAUUAGAGGUCCAAAGAAACCUGAAAAGCGUGAUCAUGGAACUGACGGGACAGUUGUGCUUUCUAGAACAGAGUUCUAUGAUGUCUCUCAAUUGCCAACUCUACCCGAUCAAAUUCGCGGGCUCCAAUCAGAGCCUCUCAAGUGCUUCUUCGCAAAUGGCCACGGCUAUGCAUUGGCUCUGACGAGAUCCUACGCAGUGAUUUGGCCUUACGCAACAUCCGCCUCAUCGCCGUCUCCUAGUGAUGUUUUCACGCUUAUAAUUCCUGAGUCAUGUAGGGAUCCUAAUUCACAGAUUCCUCUUGGAAUCCUUUUAUCAACAGCGACAGCUGGGCCCCCGGGUCUGAUGGUCAUCAUGCCUUCUACGGGAAAGAUAAUAUACUGGGAAACUGUGUCGAGCGCCGCUUCGUUUGGAUUACCUAGACAGAAGCAAAAUGGACUUCAAGGGUCGAUUUCUGGCUUGCUAUCUGGCGAGUAUGCCAUAGAAGUUAUGAAUGCGGAACCCUCUGGCGUAAUCGCCACCUUUUCAUCCGGGAGAGUAGCCCAUAUAACUGUGCGAGACUCCCAAGGAAAGCCUACCGUGAUUGUCAAUUUCCUCCGAAGCUCAGCAGGUAGCAGCAGUGGUGGGUUCUUCGACGGCAUACGAAAUGUUCUGGGAGGUGGGUCUUGGAGAAAAGAAGUGGCUGCCGCUCGAGCUGGUGGAUCGCACCAACGGGGACAACGAGAUAUUAUAAUUGCUACAUCGACAGGUAUUUUUGAAGUUUGGGAUACACAUUGGAACAAUGGGAGCAUUCUCAAGAAGCAAUUUGAUAUCAAGCAAGAAUUGUCAUGCUCUUUGGGUUCAUCAUGUACAGAUGGGUCUGGUGAAUAUGAGCUCAAAAUCUUGGACUUCGCAUUCGCGGCAGGAGAUUUUGGUGAUGGACGGGAAUCGCCGACUUCUGCAGAAGAGUCAUGGCCCAUUUUUCUGGUUGUAGCACCACCUCGAAUAUCUGGCGCCAGAAACCUGUUCCUGGUCCAUCUAAUACUGUCGGACAAAACAAAUAUUUUAUCAACUCGUUCUAUUGACUUGCUUGGUAUAACCGCAAGUCCAGACGAUGUGAAGCCGAAGUUAUCCGUUCCUAGACCCGGUGAUACAGCAUUUAUUGUCAUCGAACAAUCAGUUAUCCUCCUGUCAUUGUCAGAGUUUGAAGAGUCACCAACUUCGCAACUUUUGGUCGAUUCUAAUCGACUACCGCAACCUUUUCACGACACUAUAAGUUUCCGGAGUGGGAAAGAAUAUGAAAUAUUGGGCAGUGGAUUUGAAGAUCAAACGAGUGAAGAUUCACACCCCGCUUGUUUGGUUAUGGUGCGAGGUUUUGGGAUCAUUCGCGUGACAGCUUUGCCUCGAGGAAACGCUGAAACCGAAGACGAGUAUGGGAGAAUAACCGCCAAACACAAGAUCGAGCAAGCUGUUUUCUACGGGACAAUACUGGAAAAUCCAUUGGAUUUGAUCAGUACAGGCGGCUUGAACUUUCCUGCUGAAGAGAUCGAGCAAGCAGCACUAGAAAUUUGCAAAGAAUUGCUACGAUCCGAGUCGAAGUUCAUUCCGAAUACAGCGAUCUCGGUUGACCAAAACCUAAGAUCCCGGGCAAAGGCCUUGGAUGAUCUCGCUGGGCUAUUAAUGCAACACACCAAGACAUUGAAUCCCCUGGCUUGGUGGGAACUUCUAUGGGGCGCCGAAAAACUGGCGGCCCAAAGAGCUAUGUGGAAAAUCGAGGAGGAAUCUAGGAGAAACAGCAGCGAGUGUUCAACAUUUUUGGCUCGUGUUAUUGACCUGAUGAGUGACAAAUUUAAAACAAAAUACGAGCCACAGAACGACGAUGGUGACACUGUACGCCACUGGUUCCUGCAUGACACCUUUCAAAUGGAGCAUAUCAUUCCAUGGAUUUUCAACGCUAUAAAGCCACAGAAAGGGGCCACCUCAAGACAAAGCCGGAAGAUGGCAGAUCAGAUACUGAAGGCCAGCGAACUUUCUUUAGCAGUACUGGAAACUGCUUUUCGAUAUCGCGAUGAGCGUGCUCGCUUUUACGGCAUAAAUGAAGGAUUCUUGGAAAAUGGUGUGCUGACUACCGGUUACGAGGGUCUCCCAGAAUUUUGGACGUCUCAGGCCAUGGGUUACAUUGAAACAGGCCACUUAUUGGACUUGGAACUCGAUAGCUCUAGGGCAUGGACCCAGCAAACGAUGCCGACUUCUGAGGUGCCCGACAAUCAAAUUGUGAAGAAGAUCUCAAAAAACAGUGCCAGGCAACUUCGCAUACUUGGACGGAUGCACUGUGAACGAGUAAAAUGGCUUUCUGCCCAGGCGGAUACUGGACUGAUGGACGAGGGUAUCGCUACGGAGCAAGCACAUAUCAAACAACGAAAGUGGCAAUUAUUCAAACUAGCGGGAAUUGGACAGCUGGAUGACGCAAUCAUUUUAGCUGAAGAAUUCCGAGAUAUGGGUGCGCUGGUGGAACUCAUCAUUGAACUCCAAGAUCAAACGAAAGGGCAACUGUUCCAGCAAGCCUCUUUGGGGGAUGCGACGCAUGCUAUUGAAAAUGAAACUGAUGAGCUUGGGAAUAAGAUCUCGCUUUAUUUCGAACGAUUUGGCGACUCGUGGGCAGAGGCUUUCUUUUCCCGCCAGAUAUCCAUGGGCCAAUCGGGUGUUUUGUUUGCCAUGAGAAAAUUCCAACCUUUUAUCACCCAAUUCUUACGGAAAUUUCCAGCUUACUCCCGGUUAAGUUGGAUCAAUGAUGUGAUCGGUGAGAAGGAUUACGAUGCCGCAGCUCGAUCAUUGGAGACCUUGGCCAUAGAACAUGAAUCAGACAUAUGGAAUCACCGUGUUGAGCUCUCCCUGGCGAAACUCAACAAAUUAGCGGCAUGGGAGAGGACUGCUGCAACUAGUCAGUCUACGCUUCAGGAAAACAUCAAGCGACUUGAAGAUUACGCUGAAAUAGACGCUGUUCAAGAAGUUGUUUAUGCACAUAUUGUGCCAGCGUUACAAGGCGCCAUUGACCAAAAAGCAGAAGUUGAUCUUGCAAUUGACCAUUUUGGGAAGGCCAUUGCUCAGGACAGACCUUCGCUCCAUGAGAUACUUAGUCACACUCUGACAAAGGUGAUCACUAGGCAGGUCAUUAGUCUUGAUUAUCUUAUUGAUUUACUGACACUUAUUGGCCCUGGUGACGUCCUUGGAUACGGUCAUAGCGAUUUCUUGGGCAAGGAGUUUUACUUGGCUCUUCGAAUCGUCCGUCUCAGUUCUUAUGCUCAAAAAGAUCCGCUAUACCAUGCUGCUCUGCAAAAAUUAGUAUGGAGAAGGUGCAUGAUUAGAGACAACUGGGAAGCAGCAGGGAAGGCUGCAGAGAAAAUGGGUGAUGGAGCGGAAUCUUUUGUCCAUGACACUGCUCUAUUUCGUACACUGGCCUUAUGUGUGAGAGAUAGAAACAGUGAAGAGGCCAAUCUUCAAUCUCUCUAUAUGCCUUUUUCCCCGUCUGAGGUCAUCCUGAGCAAGUCAGAUUCCGAUCUCUUGGUCUCACGUUAUCGUUCGGAGCAAAGAACCCGAAUUGCACGUGAUCUUGAUAGAGAAGAUGAGAUAUUUGGUGGAUAUCUUGAGAAGGGAGAACUUGGAUUCUGGUUCAAGAAUCUUAUCACUUCUGCAGAAGCAGCUGCAAUUUCUCCGAUGACCAGUGAAACUAUUGAACAGCCUCACUACGGUAACCAAGUCGAGCUUGAAUCCCCAUCCGCGGAUGUGUCAGGGUCAAAGGCUCAAUUAAAUUGGCUUUGAGUGUAUUGUUCGCCAUACGCUAUGAUAUUAGUUAAGAAGUCUAGUUUUCAGUACAAAUUUAGCUAUCAUGAUUGAUUUAUUGGUUAAUUAAUUGAAUCUUAGCCCUCUUGUAAAGUGACAGAGCCAGUGGCGGCUGUGCUGAUUGGCAGUAUGUAUGCUUUGUGAGAACGUGCGCUAAUACAGGUAUGCAGGUUUGAUAUUAUGACAACUAGUAUCAGCUACUAUUACUGUAUCAGCUACUAUUACUGUAUGAGCUACUAAUCAUAUGAUUAAGAGAAUAAGGUCUGAUUCUAUAGCAACAUAAGAAUAAGGGUGUUAUAACUGGUUGCCGCAUGGUGGUCCUAGUGAUAUCUUAUAUAACUCCC